GCAGCUGCCGAACCUGUUUUUAUUGUUAUUGUUAGCUGGCAGGUUCUUUAACAAACACGCAGACAGAAUAUAGUGCACGGAGACGCGCUUCUUACACUUGCCUGCGAAGCACGUCGAAGAUUGAGCAACGGUUUGGUUUAUUAAAUCCGAACUGUUGGAAAUAUGAAUGAUGCGGAUUCAGCAACGAGAAAGCACGCAAGCUCUCGAGAAUUACAGACUCCCAAGAAUGAGGAUACAUAUGAAAUUUCAAUUCCCUUUGAAGACAACAAUUUUGAGCAACAAGGAGGUUUUUACAGCCAGAAUGACCACAACUUCGAGGGUGGUGAUCCACCAGCACCAAGCAGCUCCUACCUCUUAAUCACUAACUUGCGGACACAACUGCAGAUCUCUCUGGAGAAAAAUUCAUGGUUGCAGAAACGCAUCGAAGACCUGGAGGAGGAGAGAGACUUCUUGCGCUGUCAGCUCGAUCGGUUCAUCUUUUCUACUAAGAGUCAAGAAAGCAAUGGUACUGAUUCCAGGAGUUUUUCUUGGAGAAGGAGAAGAGAAAAUGAUCGAGAUCAACAAGCAGAGAGUCAACGAUUAGCCAACCGUCAGUCAUUUCAGCAGAGACCAACCCAGCAAACUUCAGCCAAUCCCAAGGUCUUGAGCUCUGUUUCUGGUCCAGUCAGUGCUCAGAUAAACUCCAUGUUUGGCCCUCCCCACCCACAGCCUCUUCUACAAGGCCAUGGUGCAGGUAGCACCAGCAGCAACUGCAGCAGCAACAACAGGUCCCUCAAUGAGCUGCAAGAGUCCCUCUCUCUUCUGGGAGAUGAAGAGGAUGACUAUUUGGAGGACAGCUACCUGGAGGAGGAGGAAAUGAUGUCAGGAGAGGAUGUAAUUACAGACAACAUGACACUUAGGAGUAUUGGUGCAGCUGGAAGACAUACAGGAAGCCGCCCGGCUCUGAAGAGAAGAAGAGUUUUCAGAAUCGCCAGAGGAAGAGAAAGACAGAGAGUGAAAGAUGCUGCAGGCGUGUUGUUCCGUUAUAAAAAGAUCCUGGUGACAUACCAGAGAUUAAAGAAUAUGUCCAAGGCCUUCCAGAUCCAUGGUGUGGAUCGUAAUACUGUGGCCUCUACCACCCCUAUUGCUGAGCUUUUGCUGGUGGCUCCAGAGAAGUUGGCAGAGGUGGGGGAGUUUGAUCCAUCUAAAGAAAAGCUUCUGGAUUAUGCCAGACGCUGUUAUAUUGCCCUCGACCCCCAGACUCUCUGUAAAGUGCAAGCUCUGAAGAAGAACAACCUGCUCCUGCCCAUAUCAUACAGGUUGAAAGGAAUGGAUAAUCGAUAAUUAGAGAAAGUAGUGGAGGGAUUCUUAUACUGCUGCACAGUGAAACCCCUUCACUGUAUUUUAAUGUACCCUAGAACACACGUCUACAGUAUCAGACAUUAUGACAUCUCCACAUUAUGCUGUUCAGAUUUACUGUACUCUGAACCAAGUCUACUAUUACCUCUGUUCAUUUAUAAAGUUGGAUGCUCUCAGCUGCGGGUGGCCUGCAUUUAUGGUUUCAGGUAUGCUAUUUUUGCAAGAGAGCUUGGUUGUAGAAUCCCAUUGUUUCAUCAUUUAAUAUUAUGAAGUUAAGACUAUUUCUUCUGAUAAUUUUUGUCUUCGGCCAGGACUUUACAUUUGAGUUAUGUAUCAAUUCGAAAUCCCAAUUACAAUAUCAGCCCUUGAUAAUUCAUUCUAUAGUAAUGAGUGUUGAUCAGAAGUUAUGUUGGGUCAUUAGAUCCACUCUGUGGUUCCAAGUGUGUAACGUGGUUUUAUUUUAUCUCACAGAACUUACACAACAGACUGAAAUUCUUUGGAUGAGUUUUCUCAGAAAGUAGUACAAACAUAGACCUAUGGCACACUCCCUCCGUUUUAGCACUGUGUUACUGUACAUGAGCAGCAUCUGUAUGUUCAAAAUGGAAUUCUACUGGUUUGUGGAGUGUUCAUGCAUGUAGCUCCUUUAAUCAUGGCCUGUCUCCUAUUAGACAACACUGACUGUUCAGCAUGUUCUAAGUUUAUAUAUAUAUAGUUAAUCAGUGACAAUACAUUUCAAAACAGUACUGGUCUAGUCUAGUAUUGCAUUCUGUAGUGCAGAUGAUAAUGUUGUGUGUGGGAAUGAGUAAAUGCAGACAUGUUCUUCAACCUA